AAUGGUGAUAAAAAUGAUAAAAGAUGUGAGAGAGAAUUCAAAUUUCAAACUAAAAUCUUCUGUUGUCCCCUUUUUCAUUAUUUUUAAACACGAUUUUGUAUUAAUAUUUGAGUAUAAAUGAAUUCUGAGAAAGCAUCUUCGAAAAAAAUCAUAUCCCAAAAGGAAUACUUGAAGAGAUAUUUAUCUAGCACUAAGACUGAAACUGAGGAAAAACCGAUUGAGUGGGCAGAUGUCAAAGUAAUCAAAAUCAUAUCCCAAAAGGAAUACUUGAAGAAAUAUUUAUCUAACACUAAGACUAAAACUAAGAAAAAACCGAUCAAGUGGGCAAAUGUCAAAGUAAUCGAUGAUAACGAUUUAACCAGCCAUCAUACCGAAGAAAACUUCGAUUUGGAGACUGGUGAAGAUGCUCCCGUUAUUGCAGCAGUUAUUGAUGAUAGACCGAAAACAAUACAACGUUUAGAAGCAUAUAAAACUAACGAUCGAUGGGCUCCUGUACCACAAGUGAAUGAUGUUGCAGUUGUCAUUGUUUUUUUUUCAGCAAUUUCCGAAAAUUCAUCUCACAAAAGAAAUCAACGUGACCACUAUGAGGAAAUUCACAUUCAUGAUGAUACUGAAUCAGGACAUGAUUCACCCACGGUCGAACCUAGAUCAAUAACAGAUCGCGAUAAAAAGUAUGAAAGACAUUCAACUUCAAGAUUUAUUAAUGAUACAUCGAAUUCGAAGGACAAAAGAUCGGGUAAACUCCAAAAUCACAGCUCGGAUUUUAAUUCUUUGCGCAGUAAAGAUGAAAAAAUUACUCCAUUAGAGACAGGUGAAUCUAAGUAUUCGUCUUCAAGUAGCAAAAAUGAAUCAGAGUGGCGCAAUAGGAAAACCAAUGUCGAAAAUAUAGAGAAACCAACUGCUGAACAAUACUACCAAUGGGGAAAAGGAUUAAAACAAAUCGAAGACGAAAACGAAAAACUGGCUUACUCAAUGCACGAAAUGUCGAAGCCUCUGGCUCGUUAUGCGGAUGACGAAGAUUUAGACAAACAUUUAAGAAAUAUAGAACGCGAUGGAGAUCCACUAGCAAUAAUAAGAAGAAAUUUGAACGAUGAUAGUUCUGCUGAUGGUGCUAAGCCAAAAUACAAAGGAACUUAUCCUCAAAAUCGUUUUGAAAUCCCACCUGGCCAUAAAUGGGAUGGAGUGGAUAGAUCUAAUGGAUAUGAAGUGAAAUGGUUGGGUAAAGCGAAAGCUGAAGAAGCGGUCAAAGAAGAAGCAUAUAAAUGGAGUACUGAAGAUAUGUAAAGUAGCGAGAUAACUGCCACUGACAUAGAGUUGACAUUUUACAAAAUUUAUAAUUAUUACGUUUUAUAAGUUGUGUUUCCAAUACUUUUGGGUUGUGGAUCGGAAUGAGCUUUUUCGAACAGCUCAUUUAACGUAUUAAAAAAGUUUUAUAAAAAAAAUUUCUGAAAUUCAAUCCCAAUUUUCAAAUUUUGAUUUUUGAUUGAAUGACAUUGAGAUUAACAUUUUUUUUUUUUAAAUAUAAAAAGUUAAAAACUAAACUCAAAAACGUAGUAUCAAGAAAACUCACUGCACAGCGCUACCUUCUCCUACUUCGCAAAUUUGAACUGUGAAUUUUUCUCCAAUCUGAUAAUGAAUGAUAAAACAAAAAACUAUCCUGUCUAUACAAAAAACAAACAGGAAGGCGAAGGAUUGCAAAUUUAAUUUCAAAUUUCAAUUUUGAAAUUGAACCGAAAUGAAGUGUCUUUCGAAAAGUGCAGUUAUUUGAUUAUUAUUAUUACUAUUGCAAACGAUAAGACGAUCUUACUAUGGAAUUUAACCGUCACGGCAUAAUAUUUAAAUUGAAUGUAAGCAUUAGAACUGUGAGAUCCACAUAGAUUAGAUAAGUAAAGGUAUAUUGCCCUUGUAAAUUGGUAAUGUUUUUUCAGCCGAACAAAAGGAUCGAUAAGGGCCUUCUGAAAUCAAAAGCAGAUUAUGUUUUAAAUGAGAUUGAUCAUGCGAUAAAGUGUUCAGGUGAAGGCUGUGUUAUACAUGUGCCUGAAGUUACCUUGCAAGAUAAUCUUCGCCUUGGUAAAUCGGAAGGCGAAUUUACACUGUGCAAGUAUGCAGGAAAGUUACUGGAAUCGUAUUUUGAGCACACCACAGUACAAGACCGUCAACUGACACAUACCCUAUAACCUUUGGACAUCUUUUCUUGUACAGGAGGGGAGAGGGGGGAGUUUUAAGUGGAAAAAUAGCCGAUUUCGAAGAUAAAAAAUUUUUUAUACCAAUAAGAAGAGGGGUGCACCCAAGGUGGUGAUGGUGGGUUGUAGUAUAUGCUAAGACUAACCUACCGUGCAAUUUUCAGAAUUUUUCUAUGCAUAGGAGGGGAGAGGGGGGAGUUUUAGAUGGAAAAAUAGCCGAUUUCGAAGAUAAAAUUUUUUUUAUACUAAUACGAAGAGGGGUGCACCCAAGGUGGUGAUGGUACGUUGUAGUAUAUGCUAAGACGAACUUACCGUGCAAUUUUCAGAAUUUUUUUAUGCAUGGGAGGGGAGAGGGGGGAGUUUUAAGUGGAAAAAUAGCCGAUUUCGAGGAUAAAAAUUGUUUUUGACCAAAACGAAGAGGGGUGCACCCAAGGUGGUGAUGGUACGUUGUGAUAUACCUCGAGACGAACUUACCGUGCAAUUUUCAGAAUUUUUCUAUGUAUAGGAGGGGAGAGGGGGGAGUUUUAAGUGGACAAAUAGCCGUUUUCGAGUGAAAAAAUUGUUUUUGACCAAUACGAAGAGGGGUGCACCCAAGGUGGUGAUGGUACGUUGUAGUAUAUGCUAAGACUAACCUACCGUGCAAUUUUCAGAAUUUUUCUAUGCAUAGGAGGAGGGAGAGGGGGGAGUUUUAAGUGGAAAAAUUGCCGAUUUCGAUGAUAAAAUUUUUUUUAUACCAAUACAAAGAGGGGUGCGGCCAAGGUGCCGAUGCUAGAUUGUGAUAUACCCUGAGACGAACUUACCGUGCAAUUUUCAGAAUUUUUCACUUAAAACGCACCCCUCUCCCCUCCCAUGCAUAGAAAAAUUCUGAAAAUUGCACGGUCGGUUAGUCUUAGCAUAUACUACAACGUACCAUCACCACCUUGGGUGCACCCCUCUUCGUAUUGGUCAAAAACAAUUUUUUCACUCGAAAACGGCUAUUUGUCCACUUAAAACUCCCCCCUCUCCCCUCCUAUACAUAGAAAAAUUCUGAAAAUUGCACGGUAAGUUCGUCUCGAGGUAUAUCACAACGUACCAUCACCACCUUGGGUGCACCCCUCUUCGUUUUGGUCAAAAACAAUUUUUAUCCUCGAAAUCGGCUAUUUUUCCACUUAAAACUCCCCCCUCUCCCCUCCUAUGCAUAGAAAAAUUCUGAAAAUUGCACGGUAGGUUAGUCUUAGCAUAUACUACAACCCACCAUCACCUCCUUGGGUGCACCCCUCUUCGUAUUGGUAUAAAAAAAUUUUUAUCUUCGAAAUCGGCUAUUUUUCCACUUAAAACUCCCCCCUCUCCCCUCCUGUACAAGAAAAGAUGUCCAAAGGUUAUAGGGUAUGUGUCAGUUGACGGUCUUGUACUGUGGUGUGCUCAAAAUACGAUUCCAGUAACUUUCCUGCAUACUUGCACAGUGUAAAUUCGCCUUCCGAUUUACCAAGGCGAAGAUUAUCUUGCAAGGUAACUUCAGGCACAUGUGUUAUACAGGGCUGCGCUGCUUAUAAACGACUCUUGAGGCAUCAUCUGGAUUGUAUUGUGAAGACCCCGAAAUGUGAACUGUGUCGAAAAGUUGACUUAGCUUGUGGAAUCCAUAUAACAUUUUGCUUAGUAAGGUUUAUUUGUGGCAGCCAUAAUCCAACACCUGUCUCUUCAAUUCUAUUGCAUGAUCGCAUCGACUCUUUUUUGUCUCUAGGAUGACCGUUGCGAUAAGGUCACUUGUUCGGCGGUGAAGAAGAUGAAUCGUCAAAAAAAGUCCAAGGAAGCACGCGAAUUACUCGUAUUCGAAAAAUUAUCGUCUGUUCAGAUUUAGCAUUGAACAUUUUGUAUGUGUAAUAGUUGGCAGACUAAUUAGUAAUUUGUAGACUCCAUGUAAUUGUUGAUUCAAUUUUUAUGUAAAGUACUAGUUUUAAUCCACGUAUAGAACUUGGCAUGCAUACAAACAAAUAUCACUACCUUAGGUCCUAAAUCGACUAAAAAUUUAGAUUCAUUAAAUCUUAUUGAUUCGGCAGUUGCUUUACUUUUAAUUCAGAGAACUUGAAAAAAUUCGUAAGAAGGGAAAAACUGGUCUCGUUUUGCAGAAGAAAUUGAUAAUGUGUCUAAAAUAGUGUUAUUAAUUUUUAAUCGAUUUUGUGGUGUUGGUUUAUUAUUUAUAUCUGUGAUAAUAUCAGGCCUAAUAAUUAUUUAUAUUAUGCGCAUUUAUUUGAAAUAAAAUAUAUUUAUACGUCUCUUCA